AAAUAACUGAUCGAUAGACCUUUAAAUCUAUGCUACCAUAACGACCCCCUGAUACAUAUAUGACAUAUAUAAACAACUGUAUCCGACAUUCAGUCAGAUGUCAGUUAUUGCUCAACGUGACGCAUCAUACUCACCCUGAGCUGUAUCUUUGUUUUUAUUUACUUGGUAACAUAUAUACUCUAGAAAAAUGAGGGAAUGUAUUUCUAUCCAUGUCGGACAGGCCGGAGUCCAGAUUGGUAAUGCCUGUUGGGAAUUGUACUGUUUGGAGCACGGUAUCCAACCUGAUGGUCAGAUGCCCUCAGACAAGACCAUUGGAGGCGGUGAUGACUCUUUCAACACCUUCUUCAGUGAGACUGGAGCUGGCAAACACGUACCCAGGGCUGUCUUUGUUGAUCUGGAACCAACUGUUGUCGAUGAGGUAAGAACUGGUACAUACCGUCAACUGUUCCACCCAGAGCAACUGGUUACAGGAAAGGAGGAUGCUGCCAACAAUUACGCAAGAGGUCACUACACAAUUGGAAAGGAAAUCGUCGAUCUGGUUUUGGACAGAAUCCGUAAAUUAGCUGAUCAAUGUACUGGUCUCCAGGGAUUCCUCAUCUUCCACAGCUUUGGUGGUGGUACCGGAUCAGGAUUCACAUCACUCCUCAUGGAACGUCUCAGUGUUGAUUACGGAAAGAAAUCAAAACUGGAAUUCGCCAUCUACCCAGCACCUCAAAUCUCAACUGCCGUCGUAGAACCAUACAACUCCAUCUUGACCACUCACACAACUCUUGAGCACUCCGACUGCGCAUUUAUGGUAGACAACGAAGCCAUCUACGAUAUCUGCAGACGUAAUUUGGACAUUGAAAGACCAACAUACACAAAUCUUAAUCGUUUGAUUGCACAAAUCGUCAGUUCAAUUACUGCCUCCCUGAGAUUCGAUGGUGCUUUGAACGUCGAUUUGACUGAGUUCCAGACCAACUUGGUACCAUACCCACGUAUCCAUUUCCCUCUUGCAACUUACGCACCAGUCAUCUCUGCUGAAAAAGCUUAUCACGAACAAUUAUCUGUAGCUGAAAUUACAAACGCAGUGUUCGAACCAGCAAACCAGAUGGUCAAAUGUGACCCACGUCACGGCAAAUAUAUGGCUUGCUGUAUGUUGUACAGAGGAGAUGUUGUCCCUAAGGAUGUCAACGCCGCCAUUGCUACCAUCAAGACAAAGAGAACCAUCCAGUUCGUCGACUGGUGUCCAACUGGUUUCAAAGUCGGAAUCAAUUACCAACCACCAACUGUUGUACCAGGAGGUGACUUGGCUAAAGUACAAAGAGCAUUAUGUAUGUUGAGCAACACAACUGCCAUUGCUGAGGCAUGGGCCCGUCUUGACCACAAAUUCGACUUGAUGUACGCCAAACGUGCUUUCGUCCAUUGGUACGUCGGAGAAGGUAUGGAGGAAGGAGAAUUCUCAGAAGCCCGAGAAGAUUUGGCUGCUCUGGAGAAGGAUUACGAAGAAGUCGGUGUAGAUUCAGUAGAAGGUGAAGGAGAGGAAGAAGGAGAAGAGUAUUAAACAAUGAACAGUUUUAAUAACAGCAAUGAACAGUUUUAAUAACAGCAAUGAACAGUUUUAAUAACAGCAACGAACAGUUUUAAUAACAACAAUGAACAGUUUUAAUAACAGCAAUGAACAGUUUAAAUAACAGCAAUGAACAGUUUUAAUAACAGCAAUGAACAUUUGUUACCAAAUAGUAACUAUUAAAAACAUUAAACAAA